GAAUCUCUUCAAUGUAACACAGCUCUGGACAUGUCGGCACAGAAGUCAGCCCGUACAUUGUUUUAGUAGUUCAAAUUCAGUUAAAACGCCAACCCUCAGUAGAUAUUUUAGUAAAGAAUACCAAUUCAAGAUUAUGUGUUUUGUUAAAAAACCGCAUUGGUUGCAGUAUUGAUAUAUUUGAGGUAAGUGAUCCUUUUUAGCCAUGGCAUCUUUGUCUGAGGAGGUGCUGCUGGUGAUUAAAAAGGUCCGACAGAAAAAGCAGGACGGCACACUGUAUCUGAUGGCUGAACGAAUAGCCUGGGGUCCAGAAGGCAAAGACCGCUUCACAGUCAGCCACUUGUAUUCCGAUAUUCGCUGUCAGAAAAUCAGCCCUGACGGCAAAGCCAAAAUUCAACUUCAGCUGGUCCUUCACGCGGGGGACAGUACCACAUUCCACUUUGCCAAUGACAGCACAGCACUCAAAGACCGAGAUGCUGUCAAAGAACUGCUGCAGCAGCUACUGCCCAAGUUCAAGAAGAAAGCCAACAAGGAGCUGGAGGAGAAAAACCGGAUGCUUCAAGAAGAUCCUGUGCUUUUCCAGUUAUACAAAGACCUGGUGGUGAGCCAAGUGAUCAGUGCUGAGGAGUUCUGGGCUAACCGGUUAGGAGGCAUAAAUAACGCAGACCCCGCACCAUAUGACAACAAACAGGAAGUGGGUAUAUCUGGAGCAUUUCUGGCCGACAUUAGACCUCAGACUGAUGGCUGUAAUGGUUUAAGAUAUAAUCUGACAGCUGACAUUAUUGAAUCCAUCUUCAGAACAUACCCUGCAGUGAAGCAGAAGUAUAGUGAAAAUGUGCCUCAUAACCUGACGGAGAAGGAGUUCUGGACCCGCUUUUUCCAGUCCCAUUAUUUUCACAGAGAUCGUAUCAACACUGGAACGCAGGAUAUCUUUUCUGAAUGUGCCAAACAGGAUGAGAAAGGGUUAAAGUCUAUGGUCACUCAAGGAGUCAGAAAUCCUUUGGUUGACCUCAUGUCGUUAGAAGACAAAACAUUAGAUGAGGGCUAUGGAAUUAGCACAACACUGCCCUCAACUUCGAAUGCAAAUAGGACAGUGAAGGAGAGCAGCAACUCUGCCAUCAUUAAGCGGUUCAACCAUCAUAGCGCCAUGGUGCUGGCAGCAGGCUCUCGCAAAGGGGAGCUGCCAGCUGACCAAGCCAGUGAGACAAGCAGCACGGACGGAAACUCAAGAGAUUCAGACUUCUUUCAGCCUCCUGUUAAGAAGGUUAAAUUACAAGAAGCCAUAGAAUAUGAGGAUCUGCAAAGGGAAAAUAGACCAAAAACAGUCGCAUUAAACCUGAAGAAAUCUGACAGAUAUGCGCAUGGUCCUGUGCCACUUCAGUCCCAACAAUACACAACCAGCCAGGAUAUCAUCAACUCUGUCAGCUACAUCCAGCAUGAAAUGGCUACUUACAAACCCAACCUCACUCAGUUUGCUAAUAAUCUGAUCCUGUUCACAGGUGUUAUCCAGCGCAGCAGCGAGUUCUGCUAUUGCUGCGCUCUCUCCAGGCGGUGUCCUCAUGCAGGCCGGCGCACAGCAAGCCAUAAACCGAUGCAGCGGUCUGUCACUGGACGAGCUCUACAGCUCAGCAUCAGCGCCAUGCUGUUGUCCAACAGCAUGGACGAGAUGGCACCUGCUGAGAUUCAGGGUGAGUUGAAACACCUUUAUAUAGCUGCUGGAGAGCUGCUGAGACACUUCUGGUCCUGUUUCCCUGUGAAUACACCAUUUUUGGAGGAAAAGGUGACGAAAAUGAAGUCAAACCUGGAGAGAUUUCAGGUGACAAAGCUUCGUCCGUUUCAGGAGAAACUUCAGCGCCAAUACUUAAGCGUAAACUUCACAGGACACUUGGAGGACAUGUUGCAGACUGCCUAUAGCAAGUUCCACAUCUGGCAGACCCGUCGGAUGAUGAGAAAAACCUGACCUGUGAUGGGUGAUCAACUAUAAAUCACAAGAGACAUUAAAGUAUGGAGGAAUGAUCUGCCUUGAUCCUCUGGACUGCUGUGGGUAAACCUAACACCACAGCCUGGUGGAACAUGGUUCACAAGGGCUUUGAGGACAUGGAAGGACGCUGCUACAACCCCAAAUGUUCUACAGAGACUUUACUGCAUCUCAAUCACAAAUAACUAAUUGCUUUCAUUCUUUUUCUUUAUGUUUCCCCUGUGAUAAAGAGAUACUUUUCAGUGAGGAUGAAUGGGAGUUAGAAAAAUUGUGUAACAUGACCAAACUACAGUUGAAAAUCCUCAACAAAAACGUGGUUCUCAGGACAACAGACUGAGGUGUGACAUGCAGGCAGAGGAUGGCCAGCGCGUUUCAUCACUGUAGAGAAAAGGCUGGCGAAAGAGGAACUCUGAACACAGGAGCAAUAUGUGGACUACUGUUCAAGAAAGUACGAAGGCCUGUGAAAAUAGCAAUACCUUUAAGUCAUUUCACUUUGGCGUGCAUUAGAGUGUGACUAAAAUCACACUCGCUGGUUUGUAAUGUCAAAGACUAAACGUAAGAAUUAAAGUGGGGCUUUUGCUCAUGCCACUGUCUGUUAGAAUUACAGUGUUUCACUUUGGUCGGGUGGCCAGUCAUCCCAUGUGUCACGUGCUAAUUAAUCAUUAGCGAGGGGUCGUGUCUGCAGUGUAAAUAUGAUCAAAUUAGGAGGCCGGUUUAGUUUGGGUUCUGGCUGUGGGGAAUGUGACGCGCCGCUUUCAGGAAGUGUUCAAACAUCAGCUGAGUGUUGCUGUCACGGGGCGGUCGGCUGGCGUCCCGACAGCGACGUGAAGCUGACCGCCGACUUUUUCCGCAUAAACGCCGCAAAGACAGGCGUCGAAAAGCGGAGUUGGCUCUGCUUUUCCACGCGGUAACGCAGCAGUGUUGUUCCACCCAGCCGAGAAGAUGCCUCUGAUACCAGUUGUGCCAGAGAACCACAGCCACGUACUGGCAGAGUUUGACUGCCUGGAUCCACUUCUCUCUGCUCUACGUUUGGACUCGGGCAGGCUGAAGUGUACCUGUGUGGCGGUGUCAAGGAAGUGGCUCACAUUGGGAACAUCAGCCGGAGGUCUACAUCUGAUCCAGAGGGAGGGCUGGAAACAGAGGCUGAUCCUCACUCACAAGGAGGGAUCCAUCACUCAGGUGGCCUGCUGCCCUCACGAUGAAGAUUUCGUUGCAGUCGCAACAAGUCAGGGUCUGGUGGUGGUGUGGGAGCUGCAGCUGGAGCGCCGCGGCCGUCCAGAGAGAGUCAGCGUGUCCUGGGAGCACAGAGGUCACAACGUCACGGCGCUCUGCUGGGAUACCAGCGCGCUCAGAGUCUUUGUCGGGGACUCUGGAGGCAAAGUGUCGUUUCUGCGGGCGGGUUCAAGUAAAUUAGGCAAGGGGUCUGCAUUCGUCAUCUUCCCUGUCCAGACUGUAACCACUGUGGACUCUCGAGUGGUUCAGCUGGGGUAUCAAGAUGGCCGCCUGCUGGUGUCCUCCCUGAGUCGCUGCUACCUCUGCGACACAGAGAGGGAAAAGUUCUGGCGUGUUGGAAAUAAGGAACGUGACGGGGAGUAUGGAGCCUGUUUUUUCCCUCAGAACAGGGGACUAUUAGUAGGUCAGCCCCCGCUGCUGUACUGUGCCCGGCCGGGGUCACGAAUAUGGGAGGCUAGUUUUAAUGGCGAGGUUCUGAGCACCCAUCAAUUCAAACAGCUACUGGCAUGUCCCCCAUUACCUCUCAUCACUUACAGAAAUGAGCCAAAUUACAGUCCAGUGCAGAGGAGUCCACAGUCGCUCGCCUUCCCUAAACUGCUCUAUUUUGGAGACCAAAACUUGUUGACCUGGACCGAUUCAGCCAUUUAUAUCUUCACGCCUCAGAAUGGUCAAAUACUGCUGUGGACUGAAAUGAAAGAUUUGGCAGAUGUGGCAGUCUACCGCAGUGAGCUCUUCUGUCUGCAUGGCAGCGGGCGUCUGUCCCACCUGUCCUUGUUGUCUGCAGAGCGCUGUGUUGAACGUCUGCUGCGCAGGGAAUCCUGGACUGUAGCUGCUGCCGUCUGCUGUAUGUUCCAACACGCAGUCACCACCAGCAGGGCCAGGAAGUCCAUUCCCAUUGACCGCCUGGAACAUGUGAAGUGUCAGCUCAGUCACAGCACACACCCGGAGCUGAUCGGUCAGCUGGAGGAAGUCGUUGCAAAGCUGGAGCCACUGGACUCUGCUUCCAGCAGCCGCAGAAGCAGCAUCUCCUCACAUGAGAGCUUCAAUGUCCUGGACUGUGGUAUCUAUCGUGUGAUCAGCCGUAGAGGGAGCCAAUCCGACGAGGAGACGAGCUCCCUCAUCAAUCAGUCCAUGUCCGAGGAGGAGCGGCUAAAAGAGUUCAGUUUUGUGCAGGAGGAAGAUCAAGUGGACCAUGAUCCACAGAGCAGCGAGCGCACAGAGGCCGAUCGCUCUGAGCAAGGCCUGCAGUUCCACCUCCCGCUUUCAUUCCGUCCCAAACCUCCCCGCAUCGCACUGCAGGCCGUCAAAGACAGUGUUUCUAGUUUUGUCAAGAAGACAACAGAAAAGAUCAACACCCUCCAGAUGAACUCUGAGCUCUGGCAACGACCUGAAUUCAGAGACAGCGGGCUGGCAGAGACGUUAGCCGGCACCAGUCCCUACGCAGAGGAGAUGGAGAAUGAAUUUUAUGAUGAAUCAUCGAACACAGAAGCUGACAUGCAAGAACUUCAGGCAGCAACUGAGCGAGCUAUGUCACAGAUACAAGAUCCUUUGGUGUUAUUGGAUCCGGUCUGCCUGGGAGAAGCUCUGCUGGAGUGGCUGCCGGUCCUGGAGCGAAUACUCGGCCCUGCUGAUUUCAGGCCAGCAACAGCAAGUGCUUCAAACCUGGAUUGUUCAGGAGAGGAAAGCUGGGACAAGGAUAAUUUAAACCCCAGUUUUGAUGGAAAAGGAAACUCUGCUGAGGUUGUGAAAGAGGAGAAGAAAGACUCACCAGAUCCCUCUGAAGAAGAGGAGCUCCUGUGUGACGACCAACAGAAAACAAGCUUGGCUGAAAAUGUUCAACUGGAGUCUAUCAGAGUGGCGUCCCCUAAACCUGUACCUUCAGAUCUCCUCAUUAAUCUCACAGAGCUGGCCACUCUCUACACUGAACUGAGCUGUUUUAGAAAGCAGAACAAGGCUCCGGGAUGCACAACCUUCUUGCGUCGUUAUUUCUUUCUCCUGGAUCAAGAGCGUGUGAGAAGAAUGUGCCUGCUGUGUUACCAGGAGCAGCGCGAGAUAAGGAGCUCCUUCAUUGAGGCCAUGAUAGAAUACACUCAGUCCAGUAAGGUGGUGGAGGUUAUCCAGCGGGGGGAUUUACUGAAAUCCCUGCGCAGCCUCAGAGAGCUGCAGCCCAGGGGGGCACCUCUUCUCCUCGCUCACUUGCACAGGCUGUAUGACAAGCACGGAGAGGCAGCUGUCCGCUCCUUUUCCCAGUUCUAUCCCACAAUAACUCCAGCAGACGUAAUGACAAUGGCUCAGAGGAGCCACUUCCUGGCAUACCUGGAUAAUCUGGUGCAGUCAAGAGCUGAAGAGCACAGGUUGUCAUUUUUACAGUCGCUUCUUGACCCUGAAUCUCUGAGGCAGGAGUGGCUGGAGCUGGCACUUACUCAUGAUGCUCCUCAGCGUUGUGACACCAUGACACCCGAGGGACAGCCCAGGUGGCAUUCCCACUGCUUCAGCUGGGGGUAUGGACGUCUCCUGUCUCUGCUGAUUCGACUGCCUGCAGAUUUUCCCUCAAAGCAGAAGAUGGCCGAGACCUGUCGCACUCACGGAUACUGGAUGGGCUACCUCUGCCUCUGCAGAGAGCUGCAGCGUCGCUCAGAGGCGUUCUCCUCCAUCUGUCAGCUGGAUGACAUCACCCUGCUGGAGGAGCCCGAUGGUGUUGAGCCACAGAGCUUGGAUGAGUGGAAGCUCCUUAUCCAGCUGUCCCAGCAGCAAAUCAGCGGGGCCGACUCGCAGCAGCUCACAGAUGUGAAUGGGAGCAACUGGUCCAAUAGCUCAGCGGACAGCGAAGGAAAGAUCAGCCUAGAGAGUCUGACCCUCCUGCUGGCCCGGACAGCCGGGCCUGACCGGGCCCUGGCAGUGCUGGAGGAAUGUGGCGUGCAGCUGGUUCUUUCAGCCCAAUCCAAACUGGUGUGUGAGCUCCUGAGAGUGGCUGAGACCAGACAGAGGGCGAUAAUACAGACGAUGUUGGAGCGGUGUGAUCGCUUCCUCUGGUCUCAGCACGCCUAACUCCUGCUCACAGCAGGAAUCAUUCAAAUAACACUCACUGCAAGUCUUCCCACUAACUGACGUCCAGGCUGUAAGUUCAUUUAUACAGUGAUAUUCAUCAGACCUGACCAUGUAAGAUGAAUGUACCUAUAAUAAAAGAAGAACCGUGUUUAAAUGAUCCUCAAUCCACUGACUUCAUAUUUCAGACUGACAUGUUUGCAUAAAGAGGCUAUUAAAUAUAUCAUGUCCUGUAUCUUUGUAGUUCAAAUCAGAUGUUUCUGUUUUGACACGAAUAAUUGUUGAAAAAAAUUAAAUGCAGUCUUAUCGUUCUAACCUGGUAAUAUUAUGUUAAUAAAAGCUGUCUGUGAAAAACCCUGUAUCGUUAUAUUUUUGUAUUUAGGUUGAAAAGCUUGUGGUGAAUGUGAGGACGAUCAGCUUUACAGUUUUGGAGCCAUAAAUACCUCACUUAUGCUGUUGCAUUUUUCUAUAAACGUAAUAUCUGCAGUGUGUUUCUGCUCAUCAAGCUGACUUUCACAAAAUGUGCAUUAAAAGUGGAGCAUGGGUAUGAAUGGAGCCUUUUGAAUUUAGACACAAUUCUGG